GUCAAGGCGAUUAAGAGGUUCAUCGUCAGGAACAUAUUGGAGCAGGCUGCCAUUAGAUAUGUUCAGGAAGCCAGCGUCUACGAUGGGUACAUAUUGCCGAAGCUAUAUGCGAAGAAAUACUGUGUCUCAUGUGUGAUCCACUCUCACUUGUCCGAUCCCGCACCAACCGCAUGGUUCAUACUCUUCCGUCAUGUUUUGCCAGACGCA